AUGAGGCCUGAGAACCAGAGCAGCGUGUCCCAGUUCCUCCUCCUGGGGCUCCCCAUCCUGCCAGGGCAGCAGCGCGUGUUCUUCACCCUGUUCCUGGGCAUGUACCUGACCACAGUGCUGGGCAACCUGCUCAUCAUCCUGCUCAUCAGGCUGGACUCUCGCCUGCACACGCCCAUGUACUUCUUCCUCAGCCACCUGGCCUUCUCUGACCUUUCUCUCUCCUCUGUCACUGUCCCUAAGAUGCUCAGGAACAUGCAGACUCAGCAACAAUCCAUCUCCUAUGUGGGAUGCAUUUCUCAGUUGUAUUUUUUCAUACUUUUUGCUAGUCUUGACAAUUUUCUUCUGGCUGUGAUGGCAUAUGACAGGUAUGUAGCCAUCUGUCAGCCUCUGCACUACACCACCAUCAUGAGGGAGGGGCUGUGUGUGGUGCUGGUGGCUGGCUCCUGGAUUCUGUCCUGUGGCUAUGCCCUUUUGCACACCCUCCUCUUGGUCCGACUGUCUUUCUGUGCUGAAAAUGCCAUCAUCCACUACUUCUGUGACCUCACUGCACUCCUGAAGCUGAGCUGUUCAGACACCUCUCUCAAUGAGCUGGUCAUAUUCACCGGGGGAGGAAUGAUUUCCUUUUUGUGUAUUGGUGUUAUUUUGGGCUCCUAUAUCCGUAUAGGGGCCAUCAUCCUCAGGGUCCCCUCCACUAAGAGACUCUAUAAAGCCUUUUCUACCUGUGGCUCCCAUCUCUCUGUGGUGUCUUUAUACUACGGGACAGCUACAGGUGUUUAUUUUUUCUCCUCAUCAUGGGGUUCCAAAGACAUAAUUGCUUCUGUCAUGUAUACAGUAGUUACACCCAUGCUGAACCCCUUCAUCUACAGCCUGAGGAACAGAGAUAUCAAACAGGCCUUAGAGAUGUGUGUCAAUAGGAUUAAGUUCUUUAAGUGGCAUUCACUAAAUCCUCUGGUUGCAGUCAGGAGCACAGGGAAAUAUAUCUCCUAA